AUGAAUUCUACUUCAUUGAGUAUUUAACCUCUUGCAUGUUUCUGUUAUCCUAGUAAAAAUUUCUAAAACCAAACCGGUAACGGGCAAGCGGGUUGUUUGUUUUGUGCUGUGUUAGCGUGGCUGCCUGACUUUAACAACCUUUACGUUCCUCCUUUCCCUGUGUGUCGUUGAAAGAUUCGAGAAAACAAUCUCCAGCUCUAAAUUCUCCAUAAAGGGUAUACAUUAAUGAGUCAAUUGAAGUGAUUUAGAGUUUUUAUCACUAGGAUAGAAGUAAAAAAUUGUUUCUCAGAUAAAUUGAUUCCAACAAGAUAUAAAUAACCUAACCUUAUAUUCGCACAAUAUUUUGCCAUAUGUAAAAAUUUUCCUUUUUCUAGCGCAAUGGCUACAACAGUUCAAACCAACGAUAUUUGGCUGACCAAAAAGAUCUAUGAUGAUGCUGAACGUAUCUACUAUGAAAAUUUGUCAAAGGUGAGUACUAAAAAUAGGCACUUUGAAAAAACAAUUUUUGGCUCAUGGUAAUUACCAUACCACAUCAUAUGGAUGUUUUUCGUGAAUUUUUAUUGAUGUUUCACAUAUUUCACUUAUACUUUCGCAAAAAAAACCGUGAUUACCUUAAAAAUGUUCAGGUUCUGCUAACUGAGUUAAGUUCUGAUGAGCCUAGGUUCUUGAAGCAACUCAAGCCCUUAUUCCUUUUGUCACUGUGUAUAUACAAUUAAGCACAGGGGCAUAAAAAAAUAUUCAAAGCUGAACUCUCAUUAUACCAUGCACUCAUAUAAGAAUGGGUGAAUUUUGGCAAAGACAAAUUUGGGGAACCUUGGGCUUUUAAAAAAUAAUGAAGUACAGAAAGAAAAAUGUUGAUGAAAGUUCAAAUAUGUUUUUUUCUAAAAACUCAAAAGUCUUACUUAGACAAUUAACUCAAAAUAUGUUAUUUUCAAAGCUGAAGAACUGGAUGAGGAUUCUUUUGCUUUUAAACAAUGAUAUAGGUAAAUGUGCCAUAUCUAAACCUUCUUAUUCUUUCUUAUAGGCCACUAUAGCAGCUGAUAUUCCUAAAGCUCAUGAAUGUUUAAAUGAGAAUAGGAAUAAAAUUCAGGUGAAUGUGUUGUUGUGCUGUUGUUUUCCUAUUUAGAGUGUUUAUUUUCAGAAUAUUUAAUUUUUUGUAAUGCAUGAGAUGCGUGUAUAUUGCAAAAGAAGUUGAUAUCAAUAGGGUCACUAAUGUACCUUGUACAGGGCAUUCACAACUAUGGACUUUGCAAAAACAGUCAGAGAGAAAAAAUUCGUAUACAAAUCUACAAGAUUUUUUCUUGAAUACCUGAUGAUCACAUUUUAUCUGAUUAGAAUUGAGGAUUUUAUCAAAUAUUUGACUAUUCUGAUUGUUUAAUUUAAGUGUUCAACAGAAAAAAUGUGAUUACUCAAAAUAUGAUAAAAUGCUGAAGUAAUAGCAUAGGCAAAAUAGAAACCAUUUGGGUUGUGAUUGCUGGUUUGAUGAUGUUUAUUUUGGUGAUUUAUUUGUAUUAGUUGUCUUGUUGUCAACCUAGAGCAUGUUUUGCUGGAGUCAAAUGAUUGAGAGUUCAAAUCCUUCCCUAGGUUUUACUCCUUUCCAACAAAAUAUAUUUUGUCGGAUUCCAUCAAGGAUUUGGUGAAUAAAACAGUGUUUUCUAUUAAAGGAUGCUAGCCCAAAUGCAUCGAGUGAUGACCUCAAAUCUCUGAAACAGCAGUUGGCAAAGCUCUUUGAAGAACAGGCCCGCGUGUCUGAAAGACUAUUAUAUAUAGAAACCAUGUUGAAACACGGCAUACCUAAUCAAGCUGGUACAACCAGUUUGUGUAAACCUGAAGCUAAAUCAGCUCCAAAAGAGGAACCUAUGGAAGAAGAUGAUGUUGAUCUGUUUGCCUCUGACUCUGACGAGGAUGAAGCGGCAGCCAAGGUCCGAGAAGAACGGUUAGCUGCUUACAAUGCCAAGAAGUCUAAGAAACCUGCUCUGAUAGCAAAAUCUAAUGUCAUCUUGGACAUAAAACCAUGGGACGAUGAAACUGACAUGAAAAAAAUGGAGGAGUGUGUACGCAAAAUCGAGGCUGAUGGCCUUCUAUGGGGUGCUCAUAAACUAGUGCCACUAGCGUACGGAAUUCACAAACUGCAGAUCUCAUGUGUUGUUGAGGAUGACAAAGUCUCUAUUGAUUGGCUGACUGAACAGCUACAGGCUUUAGAAGAUUAUGUACAAAGCGUAGAUAUUGCUGCUUUUAAUAAAAUUUAAGUUUUCAGCUGUUAUUUUUUUCUAAUUCUGUAUGUUGUGGAUUACUUAAUUGAAAAAUAAAUGCAAUCAUUUUA